AUGACCUCGAUAGACGACGGGAAAGAAGCCGAAACAGGCAGUCGGGAGAAAGGUCCGACACCUGAGGAUAAACCGUCAGAAACAUCAAUACCUGGUGUCCAUCAUGGAAUCGUAAACAGGGUCCCUAGCGAUGCAAAAGAUGUUCUUGGUGAUUUGAAGCUUGAAAAAGAAACCGACCAGCUGGAUGAGGUUUCUCUCGAGCCAGCUCAACCGUCACCCGGAGGUUCUGAACAAGAUGAGUCAGGCUUGCAAAGCAUCAACGAAAUCCUUGAAGACGUCCGAAUCAGUCCACCAGAAGAUCAAAUCAUCAAGUCUGAUGAACAACAUCAAGAAGAGCCAACCAUUGAUGAACCUCCGAUUCAAGUCAUUGAGCCGGAGGAUAUCAAGCUUGAGAUAGCAGCUGAAACGCCAGCCGAAGCUGCAACCCCUUCUCCUGUUGAAACAAAACCUCCGACACCGGUGCAAACUUCACCCACACCAACAACUCCUGCUCCGCCUGCUAUAAGCACGCAAAAAGCAAGAACAACUGUACUUCACAAUUCGGAUGAAACUCCGGAACAGACAUUUGCGAGGUUGAAAGCUGGAAUUGAAGAUGGAUCGGCCGGAAAUAAAUAUAUUGUCGACUCAAUCUUCAAUGUGCUUGUCGGAGGGCCUUUCGAUCUUGAGAAUCGAUUUAUAAUCGAGAAUUCGGAAAGUAUCGAAAGGAUGUAUGAGCUGUUAAAUAUUUGCGAUGAAGUGCUACAGGCGGAGGUCUGGUCAGUUUUUGUUGCUAUCGUUCGAAAAAGCAACAGAAAUCUUGAAGCAUGCUCAAGGAUUGGACUUAUCUCAAAGGUCCUAAACAUUUUGCCGAAUUGCUCAAUCGUGUUGUCCGAUUUGUUGGUCCAAUUGCUCGGCGUUCUCACAUCAUAUUCGAUUACCGUUAAAGAAACCAAACAUUUCCUCCGAUCUCUACAAGCUGUUAAUCAGACAUGGCCCCGGAAUUCGCUCAAACUGCUUCAAGUGAUGAAGGAAAUGCCGCAAAAAGAUGGGGCAGAUGUUCUAUUCUCGUUUCCUGGCAAGGCUCAAGCGGGUAUCUUUGUCCCACCCCUAUCCAAAUUUCCCUACCAAAACGGGUUUUCAUUUUCAACGUGGCUGCGAAUGGAUCCAUUAAAUAGCGUGACCUUUGAAAAGGAGCAGCCGAUGCUUUACUGCUUCCGAACUCAAAAAGGGGCUGGCUACAGUGCUCAUUUUACUGGAAAUUGCCUUGUCAUCAAUGCUGAAAAGGCAAAAGGGAAGGUGCAGAGUAAAUGCAUUAAGGCGGAACUCACCCCCAGGCGAUGGCAUCACGUAGCAAUUGCCCACAUUUAUUCACGAUGGACAAAAGGAGAAAUCAAAUGUUACAUUGACGGACAGCUGGUGGAAACAAUUGAUAUGAACUGGGCUUCUACCGUUUCGGAUCAUUUUGACAAAUGCUCAAUCGGUAUUUCCCCGGAGGGAGAAGCGGACUCCGCCUUUUGUGGGCAAAUGGGCGCGGUUUAUGUUUUUGCCGAAGCAUUGACGAUCCAACAAGCCAAUUCGCUAUUCUGUCUUGGGCCAGCAUACCAAUCCUCAUUCAAACACGAUGCGGAAAGCCACCUUCCUGAUGGAUACAAAAAGCAUCUAUUCGAUGGUCGCCUAAAUGCUUCACUAUUGAUGGCAUAUUGUCCAAAGAAUUGUCAUGGACAGCUCUGCCUCCAUUCUCCACCAAAGGGCACUGCCAGCAAUUUUGUCCAAAUACCACAUGCCAUGAUGAAGGGGGGUGUCGAAGUAAUCACGACACAUUCAAUCGAUCAGUCCCUACAAUCUGUUGGUGGAAUUCAAAUUCUGCUCCCACUAUUCAGCCAACUUGAUCUACCAUAUGAAGAUGGCUCGACCGUUGAGAUUGACGUUUGCGGAACUCUGCUUUCUUUAAUAUCUUUGCUACUAUCGUCCUCACAGACCAGUCAGCAACAGCUUUUCCAUUCCAAAGGAUUUCUGAUUAUCGCCCACGCGCUUCAAAAGGCCGAUAGCUCCCACUUGACGAUGGCCGUGGUGGAACGGGUGAUUGGGAUGGCAAAGUUUUUGCUUCGAUGUCCUGCUGGAGUACCGCUCUUGAAACAGCUUUUCGAUCACAUCCUGUUCAAUCCGAAGCUGUGGAGCAACGCAAAUUCUGAUGUUCAGGUUCACCUUUAUCAAUACCUGGCUUCUGACUUCCUCGCCAACGCAAACUUCCCACAAAUUCUACGACGCGUCCCAACUGUCGUCGAGAUGUGUCAUGCAUUGAAACAUUACUAUUAUGUUUCAACCCCGAAAUCUCCGAGUGAAUAUCGGGUGGAACCCCGCCUCGCAACAUUCCCGAAUCAACACGUCGUCUCUAUCCGCCAUCAUAUCCUCACAUUCAUCAAUCGUCUCAUGCUAAUGAAUGUUGAAGAAGGCGCAGACACAAAUCGUGAUGAGGAAAUCCAUACCCUCCUCAAUUUUGUCGCCACCGUCCAUGAAGAUGACAACCUCUACGAUGUAUUGGCUCUAUUGACAAAAUUGUUGGCUGAACAUCCCGCCAUUAUGAUUCCGGGAAUGGAUCGAAAUCGAGCUCUUGGAGUGAUCUUCAAGCUGCUAAAGAGCCCAAACCAACUUAUCAGAAUUCCGGCUUUGAAGAUGUUUGGCUAUUUCCUCCAAAGGUCCACCUUCAAGCGCAAGCAGGAUUCCGUUGGAGCACUGAAUUUAUUCUCCUUGAUCAGCGAUCGUCUAUUGCUGCACGCCGAAUAUCUCACCAUCAGCACCUACAAUGUUUUAUAUGAGAUCCUGAUCGAGCAGAUGAACCCUGGCCAUUCUUACGCCAUUCACAAUCCGCCAACGCCGGAGACGAAAUUCGAAAAUCCGCAAAUGUUGAAGGUGAUCGCAUCGCUUAUCCAAACGAGCAAAGAAUGCAGUGAGACAAUUGCCGUCAAAAAAGCAUUUCUACUCGAUAUGAUUACUAUGUGCCGAGAUAGCCGGGAAAACAGAAGAACCAUUCUCCAAAUGUCUGUGUGGCAAGACUGGCUUAUCUCUCUUAGCUACGUCUUCCCUCAAGAUCAACCGGAAACGGAAAUUUCUGAACUGGUUUUCGAAAUGUUCUGCAUCCUCCUCAACCACGCAAUCCGGUAUGAAUUCGGCGGCUGGAGGGUCUGGGUGGAUACAUUGGCCAUCGCACAUUCCAAGGUAUCCUGGGACAAGUAUGAGGCUGCAAAGAAAAACCCGCAAAGUCCACAAAAUGAAGCGGAAGCGGGUGGUUCUGAAUCAGAUGCGGACCGACCAUCGCCGGUCUAUCGGACACCGGAGUUCUCUUGGUCUAAAGUACAUCUCCGUCUCCUCUCCGAUCUGCUGACAUCCAUCGAAACGGUGGUCGAGGAAUGGAAACAAUCCACUUCUACUCAAUUGGUCGAUGUUGUCAAUGCGUCUGAGCAUCAGAUCUUUGUUGCAAAUACUGUCCAUAUCAUCUCACAAUUAACCGACAGUAUCAUUAUGGCUUGUGGCGGAUUGUUGCCGUUGUUGGCAAGCGCUACAAGCCCAAAUUCGGAGCUCGAAAUCACCGAUUCCACGGCCCAAGAUCUGCCAAUUGAGGCAGCCGCGAUGUUGCUGUCACGAUUCGUCAAUUUGACUGACGUUUUUGUCUUCGUCAGUGGUGUCAGCUUUGCAGAAUUAGAACAGGAAAAGAACAUGCCUUCUGGGGGUGUUCUUCGACAAACUCUUCGAUUGGUUGCUACAGCUUCGGUUCGACAUCUACUAGCGUGCCGGGUAGCCGCUCCUGAUUCCGCAACCUUUGAUUUCUCCACCAGUAAAGGAGACCAAAUCAGGAAAUUUGUUCAAGGCUGUCUAGAUGCGCAAGGAAAAGAAGGGUUGACCGACUUAGGACGUCUGCUUCAGGAUAUCGAUCUUCAAAGGAUUAAGGGGAUCGUCUACAGAGAUAUGGUGGAAGAGAAUCGACAAGCCCAAUUCUUGGCACUGGCGGUCAUUUAUCUGGUCUCGGUGUUAAUGGUCAGCCGAUAUAGGGAUAUCCUCGAGCCGCCAACAACUCCCAGCCCGUUUUUUAAUUCGACAAACGAUGAGACGCCACGAGCGAACGAUACUCGCAAAACCUCGGUGGUGUCUUCUAACGGUCACCCCACUGCUGGUUCAAGUGCCGAUAAUGUCGAAGGAGUCAAUGGGGAUAAGGGAGAAGCUGACGUCGAAGAGCAAAACGAUGAAGCCGAAAAAUCAAAAGAAGAGACAGGCAUCUCGGCGAUUCGCGUAACCCCCGGAGUUGUAAACAAAGAUGGGAAUGAAUACAAAGCCGAUGAAGCCAUGAAAUUAUCGAGAGCAGCUGCCCCAAGAACCCAGAUGGAGCUGGGUGAGCGGCGAAUCUACCUGACCAGCAAGCUGCAGACGGCCCUCGAGACCACCGCUCCGUUGUUGAGAGAAAUUAUGGCUGAUUUCAGAACUUUCCUGCAGCGAACCCUGCUUGGGACCCAUGGCCAGGAGAUCAUGAAUGAUAUGAAAGUUAUGGAAACCCUGAAAAACAAGAACGGCAGCGUGAUCGAGCUGGUAAUGUUGCUAUGUUCUCAAGAAUGGCAAACAUCCCUCCAAAAACACGCUGGUCUUGCAUUCAUUGAACUUGUCAACGAAGGUCGCUUAAUGGCCCACGCAACCCGUGAUCAUGUCCUUCGCGUAUCUAACGAAGCCGACUUCAUCUUGAACCGACUGAGGGCUGAAGACGUGAAUAAACAUGCCACCUUUGAGAGCGAAACUGGAGAACAAUUAAUGGAACGUGGCGAGCAAGAAGCGAGGUGCGAUCAUGUAAUUGCGAGCAGCCGCAGACGCGACUCAUUGAUUGCUUCGAAACUUUUGGACAAGAUGACAACGAUCCUUCGAAGUCCAAGCGGAGCGUGGUCAAGUGGCAAAAACAGCAACGAGCUGUUCUGGCGUUUGGACGUAUGGGAAGAUGACUCGCGUCGGAGGAAGCGUUUCGUUCCGAAUGUCGCCGGUUCACGACACGAAGAAGCUGCAGUCAGACCUGAAGUCGAGGCGGCAAGCCCAACAAAGGAUGAGGAAAAUCGACUGCGUGAACUUUCCAAAUCGGUCGCACCCACUCGUCCACAGCAACAAGAACUGGUUGAUGAGAGUGAUAUCGAUAAAUGGGCGGCAGAAGUUGAUCCACCACCACCUAACGAGAGCACGAGCUACAGUACACCGGCGAAGCUGAUCGCGCCAGGACUACUGGUCCCUGGAACACUCUCCAUAACUGCCAACGAUCUUUAUUUCGAUGCAGAUGAAGAGGAUCCGCUUUACAAACAGCAAGACCAAAAGGAGGUACCCCCAUGGCUGCCUAUAGGGUUCUCGCGCUCCCCUUCAUCUCCCCCUGGGUGGGGUCCAGCCAGCAGUGACCGUCUUUUGAUGGAUGACGGAGAUUAUUUCCCG